AUGCAGCCCUUCAGCAUUCCUGUGCAAAUUACCCUCCAGGGUGGUCGCAAGCGCCAGGGGAGGACAGACUUCCCCACCUCAGGGAAAGGGAGCUGCAGGGUGAACAGCCAUGGAGAACCGCCUGGAGCACACGGGAAGCUGCCAACCAGUGCUGGGGAGGACCGCGCCACCAAGCUGGGCUUUGCCAUGAUGGGCUCAUCGGUGCUGAUGUUCUUCUUGCUGGGAACCACAGUCCUGAAGCCUCUCAUGCUCAGCGUGCAGAGAGAAGAGACGAACUGCACUGCCAUCCACGCACACGUGGUGGACGUCUGGCUGGACUGCACCUUCAUCUGUGGGGCUGGCUGCCACGGCCUGGGCAAGUACCCAUGUGUGCAGGUGUUCGUGAACCUCACCCACUUGGGCCAGGAAGCACUCCUCCACUACGACGAAGAGGCUGUCCACAUUAACCCCCAGCGUGAUGUUACAGACUGCAGCGUUGGGGUAAAGCAAACAUUGACAGUUUCUGGGGAGCACAUGCAGUGA